AUGGCGGGUGCGGCUGGGCCCGGGACCGGCUCGGGGGCAGCGGGCGGAGAUGGAGACGACUCGCUGUACCCGAUCGCGGUUUUAAUCGAUGAGCUCCGUAACGAGGACGUGCAGCUCCGCCUCAACAGCAUUAAGAAGUUAUCGACCAUUGCCCUGGCGCUUGGAGUAGAAAGGACGCGAACCGAGCUGCUGCCUUUCCUCACAGACACAAUUUAUGAUGAAGAUGAGGUGCUGUUAGCUCUUGCUGAGCAGCUGGGAAAUUUCACUGGCCUGGUGGGAGGACCUGACUUUGCCCACUGCUUGCUGCCUCCUUUGGAAAGUCUGGCAACAGUGGAAGAGACUGUGGUACGAGACAAGGCUGUGGAGUCCCUGAGGCAGAUCUCCCAGGAGCAUACGCCUCUUGCUCUGGAAGCUCAUUUUGUUCCUCUGGUGAAACGCCUAGCGAGUGGGGACUGGUUCACGUCUCGCACAUCUGCGUGUGGUUUGUUCAGCGUUUGCUAUCCCAGGGCUUCAAAUGCCGUCAAAGCAGAAAUUAGACAGCACUUCCGUUCCUUGUGCUCAGAUGAUACACCAAUGGUACGACGUGCUGCUGCUUCCAAAUUGGGCGAAUUUGCAAAAGUUUUAGAAUUAGAUAGUGUGAAAAGUGAAAUUGUUCCAUUGUUUACUAAUCUAGCUUCAGAUGAACAGGAUUCAGUGCGCCUCCUAGCUGUGGAAGCUUGUGUCAGUAUUGCCCAGUUACUGUCUCAGGAUGACCUUGAGGUUUUGGUGAUGCCUACACUUCGACAAGCUGCAGAAGAUAAGUCCUGGCGAGUUCGCUAUAUGGUAGCUGACAAAUUUUCAGAGCUCCAGAAAGCUGUGGGUCCCAAAAUCACCCAAAAUGACCUCAUUCCCGCCUUUCAGAACCUACUUAAAGACUGUGAAGCUGAAGUCCGAGCAGCUGCUGCCCACAAAGUGAAAGAACUUUGUGAGAACUUGCCCACUGAAGGUAGAGAGACCAUAAUUAUGAAUCAAGUUCUGCCCUAUAUAAAGGAAUUAGUAUCUGAUACAAAUCAACAUGUCAAAUCGGCUCUAGCUUCCGUAAUUAUGGGAUUAUCUACUAUUUUGGGCAAAGACAAUACCAUUGAACAUCUUCUACCUCUUUUUUUAGCUCAGUUAAAGGAUGAGUGUCCUGAAGUUCGUUUGAAUAUCAUCUCCAAUUUGGAUUGUGUAAAUGAAGUGAUUGGAAUCCGUCAGCUCUCUCAGUCUCUUCUUCCUGCUAUCGUGGAACUGGCUGAAGAUGCCAAGUGGAGGGUCCGUCUGGCCAUCAUUGAGUAUAUGCCAUUGCUGGCAGGCCAGCUGGGUGUGGAAUUCUUUGAUGAAAAGCUUAAUUCUUUAUGUAUGGCCUGGCUUGUGGACCAUGUAUAUGCCAUUCGCGAAGCUGCCACCAACAACCUCAUGAAACUAGUUCAGAAGUUUGGUACAGAGUGGGCCCAGAAUACCAUCGUUCCCAAAGUGUUAGUAAUGGCAAACGAUCCUAAUUAUUUGCAUAGAAUGACCACCUUAUUCUGCAUUAAUGUACUGUCUGAAGCCUGUGGUCAGGAAAUAACCACUAAGCAGAUGCUGCCCAUCGUAUUGAAAAUGGCAGGAGACCAAGUGGCGAAUGUCCGUUUCAAUGUGGCCAAAUCUCUACAGAAAAUUGGACCAAUUCUAGACACUGAUGCUUUGCAGGAGGAAGUUAAACCGGUGCUGCAGAAGUUAGGCCAAGAUGAAGAUAUGGAUGUCAAAUACUUCGCACAGGAAGCUAUAAGUGUGCUUGCGUUGGCAUGA